CCAACUUCUAUGUACUCAUUCAUUCACUUGUUGUUUUUUCUUUUAUGUUUUCUUGAGAUACCAAGAAAAUGGAGCCCAAAAAUAUGCAAAGUUCACCACUGAAACCUUACAAAUAUUUGUUAGGAACACAAAUUUUGUUGAGAUUUUUGGCUACAAUAUUCACAUUGGCGUCUACUUUGAUUAUUUUAACCAGCAAACAGACUGUUACUAUAUUUGGCCUUGAGAUGGAUGCACGCUAUAGUUAUUCUUCAGCUUUCAAGUUUUUUGCUUUUGCAAAUAUGAUUGGAUGUGCCUUCUCUGUUUUGUCUCUGUUUCUUGCCUCUGUUUUAGGACAUAAAGGUCUUGUUCCAAAGAAUUCAUUUUACAUGUUCCUUCAUGAUUUGAUUGUGAUGGCAGUGCUGCUAGCUGGAUGUGCAGCAGCAACAGCAGUUGGAUAUAUUGGAAAAUAUGGUGAGAUGCAUUCAGGAUGGAUGCCCAUUUGUGAACAUGUUGACAAAUUCUGUCACAAAGUAACAAAUAGUGUCAUUCUCUCAUACUUUGCUGUGUUUUUCUACCUUUGUCUCACCAUUAUCUCUGCAAAUCAAUCCAGACACAUCCAAGUUUAACAUUCCACAAAUAUCAUUUUCUUAACGUUACAUAUCCAAAAAUGCGCGUUGUAUGUUAGUUUUUUGCUUUACUGUAUAAGAUUAUAAUAUAUCAAUCUUUUAGUUUGUGUACUUA